AGUUCCCUCUGUUGUUGUUGUUGUCUGUUCUCGUUUUUAUGUGACUUGCUCAACCUUGCGCUCUGCUUCAUUUCCUUCGUCGUCGGCUUCGACGCCCUCCCUCCCUCCCUCCGGCCGCGAUCCUUUUUCGGUUCCUGGCCACGUUUUUGUUGAUAAAUUGAGUCACCACCAUGACCGGAGUGACGGUGCCGAUGUCUCCGGCGGAUGAGAGCCUCCACGAGAAAAAGGACGAAACCGUGAUCCCUCCCGGCACGACGACCGCCGCCGAUGUUGAAACCGCCCGCAGAGGCAGUCAAGAUCCUUUGGCGCUCCUGGAAAAGAUUCGAACCGGAGACGACGCCCACCCCAUCCGUUGGCCUCUUUGGAAGAAAUGGAUCAUCGCCGCCACGUAUUGUCUCUUGCAGGUCUUUGUCACCCUCACCUCCACCACCUACGUCUCGGUGGAAUUCCUGAUCGAGGAGAAAUUCGGAAUCUCGAGCGCUCAAGUCGCCACUUUGGGUCAGUCGAUGUUUAUCAUCGGGACCGCCGUGGGACCUGCUUUUCUGGGCCCCUUGUCUGAUAUCGGUGGUCGUAAAUGGGUCUAUGUCGGAGCGAUUCUGUUCUACGCAAUCCUCAACAUAGGAACGGCACUGGCAGACAAUUUCCCUAUGCUGGUCAUUUUUUGUUUUCUGAUCGGCGUGGCCGGUUCAGUAGCAUUGAACAAUGUGGCGGGAACCAUUUCAGAUCUCUUUGGUGACGCGGAUAAUGCUGCACAACCAAUGGCCCUUUUCGUCUUGAGUGCCAACUUUGGACCUAGUUUGGGUUCACCCAUCGGAGAAUGGAUAGCGGAGAAUGACAAUUUAGGAUGGAGAUGGAUCUUUUACAUCAACAUCAUCAUAGCGGGAGCUUUUUCCUUCAUCCUAUGUUUCGUUCCAGAAACCCUACCCAGAGUCGUCAUCUCUAGAGCCGUCAAGAGAAGAGGUAGCGUGGACGAAAACGCCGUCGACAUUGCUCUAGGGUCGAGUCGAUUGUCCGUCGUGCAAGAAUUCAAAUUCGUCACCACCAUGGCCUUGAGGAUCAUGGUGACUGAACCGAUUGUCAUUUCACUCGGAUUGUACAACGGAUUCGCAUACGGAUUACUUUUUUUGUACCUGGACGGUGUAUUUGACGUUUUUGUCUUCAGUAAUGGUUUGAGUGAUAUCGGAGCCGAUUUGACGUAUUUGAAUUUUUGUGUCGGCGUCACCGUCACUUUCUGUUUCGUCCCGGUCCAGACGUACCUCUUCCGGCGGGACCGGUUGCGACACGGUUACCACCGACCCGAGGGCCGCUUCCUCGUCUCCCUCGUGACGGUCUGGCUCUUCCCGGUCUCGUUGCUCUGGUUCGCCUUCACCUGCGACGGCAGCGUUUCCUACUGGUCCCCGGUCGUGGCGGGAGGGGUCCUGGGCUUCUGUGACCCUCUCUUGUGGCUGGCCAUGCUCAACUACAUCACCGACAGUUACCCCAACGUCGCCGCCAGCGCCGUCGCCGCGUUCCUGAUCCCCAGCUUCCUCAUCGCGGCGAGCCUGGCCCACGCCGGCGUCGCCAUGUUCGCGCACAUGUCGGUCAAGUGGGCCUUUGCCACCCUGGGCUUCAUCAGCUUCGGCCUGGUCGCCCUGGUCUACGUCUUGUUCUUCUUCGGCCCCCGCCUGAGGCGCCACAGCAAACUCGCCCGGACCUUUGAACAGGAAAAGGUCGGGUGAGACUUUUCCGCGCCACACAAGACAGGACUGUCGACGCACGAGACUCGACAUUGACGAAAGACCAGUCUCGCAAGGCCACAGAAAGGAUGAUGAUGAUGAUAAUGUACCUCGGAUAUAGCAUGGACGACAUACUCCGUAAUAGGGACUCCCGUGACACGGACACAUUGAGUAUACAUACACCGACGUUGAAUAAUGAU